CAGCUAGUGACGUUCCGCCCGUGAAACAUUCGGGGUCAAACAUUGUUCGCGCCUGUGUGGGGCUGCAGGUUCCCGGACUAGGAGUACUACUACAGAGCCAUGGAGGCCGGACUGUUGCGGUUGUUGGCCCUAGCGGGCGCCCUGGCCGUUGUUCUCGGGGACAAACUCAUCACUCGGGACCCGGUCGACGAGGUGGACGGCCCGCUGCCCUUCGUCGGGAACAUCCCCGGUGAGGAGGAACUGGGGAAGCUGAAGUUGGAGGAGUUACCGACGGAGUUCAGCACGUACGAUCUGAACAACGAUCACGUCAUCACGGUAGAAGAACUGGCCAAGGUGACGGGGACGAAAGAGGAGGACGCCAUGCACCCCUUUGAGACCGCCGAUGCGAACGGUGACCUGCUGUUGACAGAGGAGGAGUUUGACAGCGCUCCGUGGAUAUUCCAGCUGCCCCCGUCAGCAGACCCCUUCAUGGAACCAAACGAUGACGGCGUCUGGGAGUUCCGCUCCAAAAUGGCGGACAAGAAGGACGCCAAGGAGCAAGAGACAAUCGAGAAGGACGUUUGACCGUAAAACGUCGUCUGUAUCAAUCCUGGAGAAAAAUAUCGAGAUGGAGAUUUUUUAAGGAGAAAUGCUUCCGAGGAAUAUUGGAUCUUUCUUGAGCACCUGUAUCUGUGAACUUUCUUGAAAAUGCCCAGAUAUUAUUCGUGACGUCAUCCACUCGUUCCAGACGUUCACUCGUCCUUUCCCAACUCCUCCUUCUAUCCAAUGGACGGCUGUUCCACACCUCUCAAGACACAGCCACCGUACAGAGUGGUUCAGCUGCAGGGGAUCACAUAGCGAUAAGGCCAUGAACUGCACUCUACAGUAAUCUGAAUGGCACUACGGAGUUGUGCAUUGAAAACUGUUCCAGAUAAAAAGCCGCCAAGACCACAAACCAAUGCUAACAAUUUUCUAAACAGUCAGAAAUCAGUCAUUUUAUGGCAUAGUUACUACUCCAAAGAUAAAGUGUGUAAUGUGCCACGUCGUUACAUUACAAUGAAAUACAAUGUAUAGACGAUAUGUAUAUGCAAAAAAAAAAGAUUUAUAUACCACAUCAUGAUAUAUGAUUCCUAUGUGUUUGAAAUGUUACAAACUUGCUGACGCACGUAUGGACUUAGUCUAAUGAUGCGACGGUUCGUCGCCGAAAAGGUACAGAAUGACCCAGCAAAAGAGUGUGUCUCGUCUCAUUUGUAACGGUACGUUAUGAAAUAAGGUGCUACACAGAACUACGAAUACUAUGUACAGUAUUGUAAAUCAUUACCUGCGUUCCUUGCAUGCGUUGCAGUUGUCGAAAUAUGAAUAAUUUUUAUUAUCUUACUUUGCAUUCCAAAUUAGGGUAAAAUACCUGCCACAUGUUCGUAUUAUGUUUAGCUACAACGUACCACAUGCCCCUUUCGUUAUCUUUAUUUAGAGAUGUUGAUCUGGGGUUGAGAUUAUUAGAUAUAUUUUAUGGGGGGACACAUGAUCAGGGGUGGGUUUCAACCGUUUUCUUCUUGGUAGGCCAAAGAGAUCAAUAAACUUCUUUAUUCAUUCGUG